CCUUGUACAUAAGUCAAAGAUGGUGUAGAAAGGUCAGAAUGUUGUUUUUCGUCCUGAAGGUUUCUUCUUGAUGAACUGUUCCUUUGGUUUCGUGACAACAACGCCUUUUCAAGACCUAAGAUGAUGGCAGUAUUUCGAGGCUCGGGGCCUUCAUGGGGUCAAAAAUGGAGGUCAUCUGAACUCUUCAUCAUCACCGCAACAGCAACCGCUUUGCUGACUGAUAUGUUCCUGUACCAAUUUCUUAUCUCGAUCUUGCCUUAUGUUCUAGAACAUCGACUUAGCCUUGAGCCCUCACUCAUCCAGGAUGUGAGUACUGCUUUGCUAGCAGAGAGCGCUCUGGUAUCGUUCCUCGUGACCCCUUUGAUCCAUCGCUUUACCGAUCACUUGGGUGCGAGGACGUGGCUUCUGCUUGGUCUGCUUGGGCAGAUGGGUGGCUCCAUGAUUAUCGCUUCAUCUCAAUCGUUACCCAUGUUAUUUUCCGGGCGCUUUGUUCAGGCAGUCGCUAAUACAACCGUGGGUGUCCUUGGGCUCAUCCACCUGACAAAAUUAUCCCUCUCCAAUGGAACGGAGAGAAUUUAUAGAGUUCUCACCAUGUCCAUGGCUGCGGGCUCAUCUGGAGGACCAUUGAUGGCCGGAGCGGUGUUCGAACUAGCUGGAUAUUGGACUGCGUGGAUGAGCGCACUUGGUGCAUGUCUGGUUGGCGUGAUGCUGCAGAGUCUGAUGCUGGUGCCAUCACAAGAAACGGAUAGCGAGCAUGAGUCUACAAAAGUACAACCGGUUAUUCGAGAGGAUACGAACGAAGAGAGCCCAUUGCUCGUACCCUCGCAGGUAUCCGAUCUCGCUCAAUUACCCGGUCGCUUGAGGACAGUAAACCUCGACUUCCAGUUCUAUAUGUGCCUUCUCACAAAACGCCGCUAUAUUGGCGGGAUCCUCAGUUCCAUCUGUUAUGCGAUCGUAUCCGUCAGCUUCGACACAACGAUACCGCUCCAUGUUCUUGACGUGUUUCACUGGGGCAGUUUUCACACCGGAAUACUUUUCGGAAUUUUACAAGGACCGAAUGCGUUCUUCAGUGUCCCUGUGAAAUGGCUGAAAGAUCGAGUAGGGUCACGAUACCCUACGUCUGUUGGUUUUCUGGGGCUUGCAGCGCUUCUGUGGCUCAUGGGUACUCCCGGCAAUGAGCAGUUCCCGUGGGCGAAUAUUGGACAUCGAGGUCCCAUCAUCUAUGGGACUGCCAUCGCUGCCAUAGGAAUCUUUAUGACUUUGUUGAACGGGACUGGAAUGAUUGAGGCUGCUAACGCCGUCCGUGAAAUCAAAACUGAGCAGCCUGGAAGAUUUGGUGCAGAGACAUACUCCCAAGCUAUGUUGAUCAGUCGUUUAAGCUGGACAUUUGGCCUUUUCCUGGGGCCUAUUGUGUCAGGGCAGCUCACGGAGAAAUUCGGAUACUACGAGAUGAGCUGUGUACUCGGUAAGUAUACCAAUCACUACAUUAAAUUCAGUCAAGGGUUCACCUCCGUGUGGGCUAAUCAUCCUCUAGCCAAGAUAUGUCUGCUCUGUGCAGUUUUCGCUGUUUGGAAUCUGCGAUCGUAGUCUCUCGUCCACUACAGAACCGAGAUUGAGCGGCGCAGGGGUGGGGAGAUACAGAGUGAACGUUACAAUGCGCAGCCGUGUUAGAUAUUAACCGGCGGUAGACUAGCGCUUAGCUUGAACACCGGGGUGUCCCGGGUUUCCAUCACGAGAGAGGAGACUGAUUCUCUUCAAGAGAAUGACCGCAGUAGUAGCCGCACUGCCAGGGCCACCAUUUCAAGCCACCUUGUGAGACCGAGGCACUACCGACCGGGGCACGUCCAUCACGGCAUCUCCGGACCCUGUACUCCUCCAAACUUCAUACAUAGAUAGCUUGUUUCUCGCUGGUUACACCUUAUAAGAUUCAAAGAGAAAGCAUGAACUGGGUGGCAUGCUCUCCUUUUUCUGCAUGGUCAUUUCGACAGCUACGCAAGUUCGAACGAUGAUCCGACCCACUCAGCUUAGAAGAGAAACGUGCAUGCAUCCGUCACUAACUUAGCGCUGUUUCAAUUCUGCAGAAAGGAAUCGAG